GGUGACUGUAGAAGGAGGAGGAGCUCCAUCUGUUCUCUCUUCAGGCAGUUGUUGUGUGUCUCAGCGCUUGUUGGGUUCACAACCUAUUAAAUAAGCUGGCUGGUCUUCACCCUCCCAGACAAGUCAACUCAGGGGAGUCAGCAGGGCACGGGCCUUGGCCCGCAGCGCCAGCUGGGGCCAUGCCUGGGCUGUGAAGUGGGCAGGCGAGCAGCAGGCAAGACCAUCUCUGGAAGUGCAGCACAGCCUCAGCCUAGGGCAGCGGGAGUGUGUGGCCCAAGCUGUGAGCAAAGCACAGAUGGUGACAGGAGUAGAGGCACCCCAUGGGAAACAUACUGACCUGUCGUGUGUGCCCCAGGGCCAGCCCUGGGUUGCACCAGCACCAGGGGUCGGUGUGUCACUGUGAGUCUGAGAUCUAUGAGGCAGCAGCUGGGGACCUGAUAGCAGGAGUGCCUGUGGCUGCUGCUGUAGAGCCUGGUGAGGUGACUUUUGAAGCUGGUGAGGGCCUCCACAUGCACCACAUCUGUGAACGGAAGAUGCCUGAAGAUAUACCUUUGGAGCCCAACCCUUCCGACCAUCCAAAGGCAAGCACAAUAUUCCUGAGAAAAUCUCAAACAGAUGGUACAGUGGAAGAAGUCAGUGGUUGGGCAUCGGUGUCCAACAGGUACUGGACCUUUGAUGGUAAAGCCUUUGGUUUUGACUUACUAAAAUAUGAGGUAUCUACUGAGCAUUUUACUCAACAAUACAGUUCAUGUUCGACAGUAUUCCUUGAUGACAGCACAGCCAGCCAGCCUCAUCUUACAAUGACACUAAAAUCUGUGACCUUGGCAAUGUAUUAUCAUAUCAAGCAAAGAGAUGCAGAUAGAUCUUUGGGCAUAUUUGAUGAACGGUUACACCCACUUACAUGAAAAGAGGUUUUAGAGGAAUAUUUUAAGUAUGAUCCUGAACACAAAUUGAUUUUCAGAUUUGUUCGUGCUCUGUUUAAAGCCAUGAGGCUAACAGCUGAGUUUGCAAUCGUAAGUUUGAUUUACAUAGAAAGACUUGUAAGUUAUGCUGAUAUUGACGUUUGUCCAACUAACUGGAAGAGGAUUGUCUUGGGAGCCAUUCUUCUUGCCUCCAAGGUUUGGAGUGAUAUGGCUGUGUGGAAUGAGGACUACUGCAAGCUCUUUGAGAACAUUACAGUUGAAGAAAUAUUUUUUAGGAGAGCAGUUGUCAUCUGGAAAAUCACCAGACAAUAUUAGCUCUGUCAGUGUGAGAGUUGACAGAGCGGGAGCAUCACCUUCUUGGACAAGCCCCUCAUUCUAAAGUUCACCUUGAUCAAAAACCUCCUGAAUCCAAAGGGCAUCAGCCUAAUGCCUAAGAGACGGCAGGAUCGUGGCCAUUCCACAGACAACUAUGCAAAAACACCUACAGACGGCAUUGCUCCUAUAGUCAACCUGAGACCAGAAAACUCUCUGUCCCCUCAUCAGCAAGAAGUAGCCAGAAAGAACAUGCUACCCCUCAUCUUUGUUAUAACUAUGGUGUCUGGAUUGACAGAGUAGGAGCAUCACCAUCUUGGACAAGCCCCUCAUUCUAAAGUUCACCUUGAUCAAAAACUGCCUAAAUCCAAAGGGCGUCAGCCUAAUGGCUAAGGUCAGCACAACCAUAAACCACAAAUAACAUCUCCAAACAGAAACAUUCCAAACUCCUCAAUGACCAGAGACAUGCUAGCCCCAAGAUAAUCUCCCUCCGGCCAGGAAGACGCCAGCCUUGUGAUAACCCCUCUCUGGUCAGAAAGAUGUUAUCCCCAAGAUAACCUCCCCUCCACCCAGAGACAUUUCAAUCCCUCCAUAAAACUUCUCCCUCACACAGAAGAAUUCCAAGCUUGUGAUAGGCACCCUCACCCUAAAACCAAUAUAUACUCUUAGUCUGUAAGAGAAAGUGCUCCUGACCAAAAUUGGCCAGAAGCCCCACAGUUAUAUUUUCUCAAAAAUAAAUCUGUCUCUAACUGUU